GUUAAAAAGCAAAGCCUUAACUUCUCUCCCUUCUCUAAUCAUCAGCACCACCACCACUCCACCCCCCAAAACACCUACCAAUCAGUAACAUCUUUCAUUAGUUCAAUCAUUUUAUUAACCAUGCCUCAGCUCAACUGCAUAGCACCAAAAUCUGAACAUGGCAGCACUAGUGAUCCAGUGGAAAGUAGUCUCAGUCUGACAGAGAUGUCUGAGUCUCAAAACAAGGCUGUCCUUGCCUUUCCAGUACAACCAAAGCCACUCCAAGUCCCCUUGUAUCCUAUAACUCUCAAGUUUGAGGAGGUGGUGUACAAAGUGAAAUUGGAGCAGGGAGGAUUUUGCUGUGGUGGUACAUGGGGCUCCAAAGAAAAGACUAUAUUAAAUGGAAUCACAGGUAUGGUAUGUCCUGGAGAGCUGCUAGCCAUGCUAGGGCCCUCAGGAAGUGGCAAAACCACUCUUCUGAGUGCUCUUGGAGGCCGUCUCAACGGCAAGUUGUCUGGAAAAAUCACCUACAAUGGCCAGCCUUUUUCUGGUUCCAUAAAGAGAAGAACAGGAUUUGUUGCUCAGGAUGACAUUUUAUACCCACAUCUCACUGUCACUGAAACACUUUUUUUCACUGCACUUCUAAGGCUUCCCAAUAGCUUGAGCAGGAAUGAUAAACUCCAACAUGUGGAGCAAGUUAUAACUGAACUGGGGUUGACUAGAUGCAGGAAUAGCAUGAUAGGAGGGCCACUUGUGAGAGGAAUAUCAGGAGGGGAGAAAAAGAGAGUUAGUAUAGCUCAAGAAAUGCUAAUCAACCCAUGCUUAUUAUUGUUAGAUGAGCCAACCUCAGGUUUGGACUCAACUACAGCUCAAAGGAUCCUAACCACAAUCAAAAGGCUAGCAAGUGGAGGUCGAACCAUCAUAACCACCAUUCACCAGCCAUCUAGCCGACUCUAUCACAUGUUUGAUAAAGUGGUUUUGCUAUCAGAAGGCUCCCCAAUCUAUAAUGGUCCUGCAUCUACAGCUCUGGAUUACUUUUCCUCCAUUGGUUUCUCAACAUCCAUGACUGUGAAUCCGGCAGAUCUCUUACUUGAUCUUGCCAAUGGAAUAAGCCCCGAUUUCAAGCAGUCAACUGAGCAAGGUGAGAACUUGGAACAAGAGCAGAAGUCUCUCAGGGAAAAUCUCAAAUCUGCUUAUGAAAAGAACAUUUCCGCAAGAUUAAAAGCUGAACUUUACAGUUCGGAAGUGAAUAACUACAGCCAUACAAAAGAUGCUUCCAGAAGAAAUAACCAGAAAGCAGAGCAAUGGUGCACAAGCUGGUGGCAUCAAUUCAGAGUGCUGCUCCAAAGGGGUGUAAGGGAAAGGAGGCAUGAAGCUUUCAACAAGCUUAGAAUUUUCCAAGUCAUUAGCGUUGCUGUACUUGGUGGACUACUAUGGUGGCAUACUCCAUCUUCUCACAUUGAAGAUAGGAUUGCAUUGCUCUUCUUCUUCUCAGUAUUCUGGGGCUUCUAUCCUCUCUACAAUGCAGUUUUUACAUUUCCCCAAGAAAGAACAAUGCUAAUUAAGGAACGAUCUUCGGGAAUGUACCGCCUUUCCUCCUACUUUUUGGCCAGAACAUUUGGGGACCUGCCACUGGAGCUUGCCCUUCCAACUGCCUUUGUGUUCAUAAUUUAUUGGAUGGGUGGCCUUAAGGCUGAUCCCGUUACUUUCAUCCUAUCUUUACUUAUUGUCCUUUACACAGUCCUUGUUGCUCAAAGUCUUGGCUUAGCCAUAGGUGCUAUUCUGAUGGACAUAAAACAAGCCACUACUUUAGCUUCAGUUACAACUCUUGUUUUCCUGAUAGCAGGAGGAUAUUAUGUUCAACAAAUCCCACCCUUCAUUGUGUGGCUGAAGUACUUGAGCUAUAGCUACUACUGUUACAAGCUUCUACUUGGGGUUCAAUACAGUGAGGAUGAUUAUUAUGAGUGCUCAAAGGGAGAGUUGUGCAGAGUUGCAGAUUUUCCUGCUGUUAAGUCAAUGGGGCUGAACCAUUUGUGGAUAGAUGUAUGUAUUAUGGCUCUGAUGUUGGUUGGUUAUCGACUGGUUGCUUAUAUGGCACUGCAUCGAGUGCGAUUGAGGUAAAGUUAGCAUAGGUCACAUUCCCUCAAAUGUGACGAUUUGAAGAGUUUUCUCCUUCUUCAACUGAGGAAUAAUGUUAGGCUUAGAUGGGAAUCAUGUGAGACUUUGGAUCAACUUACCUUGAAGUUGAUUUAUUUUAUUAGCCUUUUUGUUGUAGUCUAGAUAAUACUAACUUGAAGUUUUAAUUUCAGAAUAAAAUUAUACCAUU